AUGCUGCUGCUGUUUUUCCUCGUUACAACUGCUAGCACUCCAAGUGUGUGCCAGUCCAAUGUCACCAAACUAUACCUCCUUGGACUCUAUCCGGAGUCUGGCCCGUGGGCUGGAGCGCAGACCGCUAUACCCGCUACCGAGCUAGCUGUGAAGGACAUUAACGGCAAUCCGGAUAUCCUACCUGGGUACGAGAUUCUUGUCAUACCAAGGGAUUCAGAGUGCAAUGGUGGCAAGGCUACCGACGAAAUGUACCGAGAACUCUUCAACAAGAGCACUACCAAGGUCAUGGUGAUUGGAGCAGGUUGUUCCUUAGCCACGGAACCGACAGCACAGGCUUCGCACUAUUGGAACCUCAUUCAGACAAUGGCAGAAUUCCACCGUGAUGCCAAAGACGUCGGUAUCCAGGUGAUAGCUUCCGAGAGUUUCGUGGAUGAUCCGACCACGCACGUGGAACAUCUAAAGGAAUCUGGCGCUCGUAUUAUAGUGGGCGAAUUCUAUACCAAUAUGGCGCGGAAGGUUUACUGUCAGGCGUAUCACCAGAAGAUGUACGGCGCUAAAUACGUCUGGAUAGUGCCAGGAUGGCACACCCUGAACUCCUUGCUGGUGGCAGACGAUUCGAUUGACUGUUCGUUGGAUCAGCUGAAAGAAGUAGUGUCUGGGCAGUUUGGACUAGCCGUACUUAGCUUUCCGACAGAUCCUCGGCGAGCACCGACUGUGUCCGGGCUGACGUCUCGCAAGUUCCUGGAGAGAUUUAAAUUGCUUGUUGAUUCAGAAGAUCCGGAAUCCCUGAUUGGUUUCCUUGAUAUGCCGUUCACCUAUGACACUGUCUGGACUGCUGCCCUUGCUUUACACGAAGCCGACCAGCAACUUCGAAAUUUAGAUCCUCCUAAAACGUUGGCUGAUUUCACGUACGAUGACACUGUAACCGUGCAAAUGCUCUUUGACAUAAUCAGCAGAAUGACAUUCGAGGGUAUAACGGGUCCAGUGAAAUUCACUUCAUCGGGAGACCGGCUGGGAUUAAUUCAAAUUUGGCAAAUACAGGACAACAGCCGUGUCGACGUAGGGAUGAUGGACUCAGUGGCAAAUAAACACAUAACCUGGCAGGGAUACGAACCAGUUCUCUGGGAAGGUGAGGCGCCACCAAUUGACUUCAUUAUCGAACUGGAGGAUCGGCAAACGAUAAAAACUGCAGUAUUCAUCACUGGCGUAAUCUUUGCCACAGUUGGAAUUAUCCUAGCGUGCUGUUUCCUGGCUUUCAAUAUCCACUUCAGGACACUUAGGGUGAUCAAGAUGUCUAGCCCCAACAUUAACAACUUGAUGCUGAUUGGUGGUAUGCUAGCCUACUCCUCAGUCAUCUUUCAAGGAGUGGAUACGUCCAUAGCAUCCACUGAGACAUUUGUGUGGAUGUGCAAGGCCAAGACUUGGUGUUUGUCUAUUGGAUUCUCUUUGGCCUUUGGCUCCAUGUUCAGCAAGACCUGGCGAGUGCACAAGAUAUUCACCAACAAAACAACAACAAAGAUGGUAGUGAAGGAUCAGCGCUUGUUCAGCUGGGUUGCAUCUCUUGUUUUCCUUGAUGUUGCUGUUCUCGUCUUGUGGGAAAUAAUUGACCCACUGGUAGCCCUUGAAAAGCAUCGGGAUAAAGUGACUGAUGAGCAGAAUGACGACAUCGUGUAUGCACCAAUCCAAGUGUUGUGUGAAUCUAGGAAUCAGACCUACUGGAUUGGGGCCUUCUACGUCAUCGAUGGCCUUUUGUUGAUAUUUGGCGCUUUUUUGGCAUGGGAAACCAGGACAGUCUCAAUCCCAGCACUGAAUGACUCCAAAAACAUUGGUGUCUGCGUCUACAAUGUCUUGAUCCUGUCUUUCGUUGGUGCACCAGUGUCGUUCGUUCUGGAGGACCGAAACGCCAACUAUGCCCUUGAAGCUUGCAUGAUCUGGCUAGCCACAACUCUGACUCUGAGUGUUAUAUUUGUUCCAAAGGUACGGUCAAGAUAUGAUGUGCAGCCAGCCCAAAGCAUGCUAGUCUCACAGAUUAUCCGAAGUCAACAUUGUGGGCACCUCACUGACGCCGAAAGAGAGAUUCAACGACUACGCCGCGAGCUGGACAGAAUGAAGAUGGCCGUAGACCGCACGACUACCAAGUGA